ACUAGAAGUGUCAACAAUAAACGGGGAAAUUAGACGUAAAUUCGCGAGGUGUGGUGUGUUGUGGUGAUUGUCUUCGUGUCAAAUGUUCAAUAAAUGUCUACUAAACCAAUAAAAAUGCCGUCGGCAACAAAAGAGAAGGAUUCUACGAUCCUCAAGAUCGCCGUGGAGAUGCUCAAUGCUCCCGACAAGGUACCACAGUUGAUGGAAUUCGAUCAAAGCCAGCCCUUAUCGAGCAUCAUACAACUUCUUUGCAAGCCUUGGGGUCUCCCCGACCCUGAGAAUUACGCUCUACAAUUUUCCGAAAGCAACAACCAGAAUUAUAUAACGGAGAAAAAUCGCAAUGAAAUAAAGAACGGAUCUGUUUUACGUUUGGAAUUGUCGGCUGCCAAAACUGUCCAGGAUAUCCUGGGAAAGAUAAACAAUGCCUCGGAGGUCGACCAAAUUGCUGCCCUCACUAAGUUGUCCGUAUUAAGCAGUGAUCUCACCUUCGCACUUGAAUUUAUUAACAAAAAAGGUUUGACACUAAUCAUAAACAAUAUAGAAAAUGGUAAGUUCAAGGGUAAAUCGCUCAAAUACGCCCUCGUUACUUUUGUGGAACUGAUGGACCAUGGAGUUAUAUUCUGGGACAUACUUGAAAAUCAAUUUAUCAACAAAGUUGCUAGUUUUGUUAGUAACCAAGCUAAUACUCAAGAUCCUAAAGUGAUUCAGUGUUGUUUAUCAAUACUUGAGAACAUUGUACUUAAUAGUUCCAAGAAUUCACAUGUAGAGAAAGAGAUUACCAUUCCAAGCCUGAUCUCACAUUUACAGAACACUCACCAAGACAGUAUUAUCCAGCAGAAUGCUAUAGCUCUUAUAAAUGCAAUAUUUUCUAAAGCUGACAUGACAAAGAGAAAAACUAUUGCAGCUACAUUAUCUUCGAAACAGGUUAGGUCUGUAAUUUAUGAGAACCUCAUUGGUGCCAGUGAGUUUUCUAAGAAUGCUUCAGAACAGGGUCUGGGUACUGAACUGGCUCACCAACUCUAUGUUCUACAAACACUUAUGCUUGGUCUACUAGAACCUAAAAUGAGACAGCGAGCUGAUGCCCAAGAAAAGGAAUCCCAGGAAAAGAUCAAUGAACUUAGGAAAGUUGCUUUUGAAAAUGAUAACAACCCUAACAUUGAGGUCACCAUGAGACGUCCACUUGGGAGUUACUCCAAAGACAAAAAGCUUGGGUUCAAAUGCGAGAUUGAUCCAAUAAAAGAUUUUAAUGAAGUGCCACCUGGAGUGUUAGCAUUGGACUGUAUGCUGUACUUUGCAAGGAACUACUCAGAAGAAUACACAAAAAUUGUGUUAGAAAAUAGCUGUAGAGCUGAUGAACAUGAAUGCCCCUUUGGCAAGACAAGUGUGGAAUUGGUCAAGUUACUCUGUGACAUUCUACAUGUAGGGGAUCCACCUAGUGAACAAGGGCAAACCUAUCACCCUCUAUUUUUCACUCAUGACAGACCUUUUGAAGAACUGUUUUGCAUUUGCAUAGUUCUUCUAAACAAGACUUGGAAAGAAAUGAGAGCUACUGCGGAAGAUUUUAUUAAAGUUUCCAGUGUAGUCAGGGAGCAAAUAAGCAGGGCACUAUCAUCGUCUCCCAAAGGGUUUGACAAGUUUAGACAAAAGAUAAACCAACUGACAUAUACUGAAAUUACUCAGCUAUGGCAGCAGGAGAGAAAUAACAGGGAAGUAUGGGAGUCCCACGCAAGACCCAUUGUUGAACUAAAAGAGAAAAUAACCCCUGAAAUUAUUGAUCUCAUCCAACAGCAAAGAUUAGGGGUCUUAGUUGGAGGUACAAGGUUCAAAAAGUAUUCAGCCAGAGGUCAAAGGAUCAAAGACAAGUUUUGGUUUGUUCGGCUAUCUCCGAACCACAAAGUAUUGCACUAUGGAGACUGUGAUGAAAAAAGCACUCCAAGUUUAGAGGAACUUGGUAACAAAUUACCAGUAACUGAUAUGAAGUGUGUUAUAACUGGCAAAGACUGUCCACAUAUGAAGGAUUUAAGGGGACGGAAGAUAACGCCCCAUUUAGCAUUCUCUCUGAUCAUCAAGUCUGCUGAAGUUACUUCUUUAGACUUUGUCGCACCUGAUGAUCAGAUUUUCGACUACUGGACGGACGGUAUAAAUGCGCUUCUCAAGGAGAAAAUGUCGAGUAAAUCGUUCGAAAAUGACCUGGAAACCCUACUGUCGAUGGACAUAAAAGUUCGAUUACUUGACGCUGAAGGUAUCGACAUACCUAAGGACCCUCCUCAAAUACCUGACGAGCCAGAAGAUUAUGAAUUUUAUUACGAUAACAAUUAAAUAGGACCUUGUUUUAUUGGUUUUCAAGCUUUUAAGAGAAUUAAGAUACUAUUUGCAGUAUCCAUUUAGCAAAAAUUAUAAUGACUUAAUUAAGAAUUAUUCUCUUUUUAGACCAUAAAGAACAAUGCAUUAUUUUAAAAUUUAUACGCCUAAUCUUCCAGACUUGUAAUGUAACAGUAGUCUUUUAAGUUAAUUGAAUUGCGAAUAAGAUACCAAAUUAGGAAUGAUAUUUUAUUAUAUGUAUGGAUAGGUGCAUCGCCGUGGCUGUGACCGCGGUUCGGAAGCUCCGUUGAAUACAAAUGAGAUUUAGAUGACAUAUACUUACGUGAUUGUUAAGUGUAGUCUUAAUAUUUGGCUGUGUGGUGACGAAAUACCGAUGUCAAAGUUCUAUUAAUAAUCAUAACAAUGUAAGACCCUACGGUCGGAUAUGGGUCCGAUUAGUUUAAAGUAAUUCCGGCUUCGACAUUUUAUGCAUCCGGUUUAUGGUUUCCGAGGAAAUGUGAUGCAAAUGAGAACCUUAAUUACUUGUAAUAAGGUUCUAAAUUAUAAGUUCUAAAAAUAUAUAAUAUAAUUAUGCGUCGUCAAUUCGUCAUCUACAAGCUAUUGGUUGAAGGAUAGGGAAUAAAGAUAUUAAUAAAUCUAUUUUAGUAUUUUCAGCUAUUAAAUGUAAGUCUUAACAAAAGACAUAUGUUUAGUUUGCCAAUCGGCAAUAUGUGCCCGCGUCUCUAGCGGUAUUACUAAAUAGAGUCUAAACUUGUAGGCUCUAAGAUUCAAAUUGGAAUACUUGAAUAUUUUAAAAACAUCUGCAGUUUUUAUUCUUGAUUUUAAUAUUUGCGCCAAUUAUUGCGCAUUUAAAAAUGAUAUUCUGAUCAUAAUUUCCAAUGAAAGUUUUCCAUUACAUUUGUAAGAGAGCACAAAGUAUUUUAAUUAUAGACUAUAGUUUCAUAUAAUUAUCUUAAAUUAUUGUUAUAAUGUAUUACUGAUUUUCCAUUUAUGCUGUAUCGACUGAAUUCUAUUAACUUCCAUUUUAACCUAAUGUAUUGUGGCCAUAUACCAAUAUUAUAUUUUAUAUACCAAAGAUCGUGUCUAAAGAACAAAUAUAUUUAAAUGUGUAUGUAUAAAUAAAAGUUAUAUAGCUACAAAA